AUAUGCAACCUCAUAUACACCCCACGUAUUUAUGUUGCCUACGUUUGAAGACAAUUUUUAACAUCGAGUCUUACCGCAUUCCUAAAAAAUAAGCAUUACCUCAUCACCGACAAUUUUAACCCCUCCUUUUUCUUAAAUCCUGACCUCCAAUAUAAAUUUAUUCAUUUCAUAUAUUGAACGAAUAAUUCCUAGCCAAAAAUAACAGAGUGUGUGUGUGUGUGUAUUAUUUAUAAAAGAUCUAAUUUAGUGUCCCAAUCAUAAAUGGAGAAUCCCAUAGUAAAACCAGAUGUCCCAUAUAAGGGUAAGAUUCCAGGGGGACUGGUACCUGGACGAAUGUGCAGGAUUCAAGGAGUAAGUCAUCCAGAUUCAGAUAGAUUUAACAUUAACUUCCAAGUAGGUCCGAAGCCUAGUGAUGAUACGGCUCUCCAUAUUUCUGUACGUCAUAAACAAGGUUACAUUGCUAGAAAUUCUUAUAUAAAUGAAGAAUGGGGUGAAGAACAAGGAGAAGGCGAACUACGAAUCGGAGAAGCAGAAUCUUGGGAAAUCAUUGUACUAGUUGACGAAAGUGACUACAAGAUUGCUGUAAACGGACAACAUUUCUGUGAAUUCCCUCAUAGAAUCUCAUAUUCUAAAGUAACUGAUCUUCUAAUAGAUGGAGAAGUUAGUAUUACUCUUAUUUCUUGGGAAGGUAUCAUGGGAUUGGGAGCUGGUGAUAAUGUUAAAAAAGUAUCUCAAACUGACAACCAACAAUGGAGCCCUCAAGGUGGUAAUGGGGCUCCGCAGGGCGCAUAUUAUCCUCCUCAAGGAGGUUAUGCACCUGGACCAGGAUAUGGACCACCACCACAAGGUUAUGGUCCAACACCACCACAAGGUUAUGGUCCGCCACCACCACCAGGUGGUGAACCUCAAUCUUCUUUUGAUAGUUUUUUGGAUGGAGCUCAAACUCUACUGUCAGGGGCUAUUAAAAGCGGAGCUGCUGGAAUGCUAGUAGGGAAAUUAUUGGGAGGUGGUGGAAAUGAUCCUCAGAGAGGUUAUGCUCACAAUAACGCAAAAUACGGAAUUUACCCCGAUCUACCCCAAGACACAAACCUAAACAUCAAUCAAGCCCCGUCUAAAGGACCCCUUGAGCAGUUGCUUUCAGGCCUUAUAGCUGGUGGAGGUGCUGGUCAACAACCAGGUACCGGUAAUCCAACUAGUACCGGAGCUCCUGGUCAACAAGGUCAAGUCGAUUAUGCUGCUCUGCUUACUAACCUACUCAGUGGUAAUCAAGAAUCUAAAGUAUCACAAGCUCAAGGUGCUCCACAAGGACCGGGUAAUCAACAGAGUGGACCUGAUAUAGGUAGUUUUCUGUCUGGUUUGUUAUCUAGUCACAAUCAACCACCUGCAGGUCCUCAGCAACAACCCGUAGGUGGUAUUAACCAACAACAUGGCUCUCAAACACAACAGCAAGGUGCUGGAGAUAUUGGUUCACUUCUAUCAGGUUUACUUUCUGGCCAUAAUCAACAAACAGGAAGUCAAAGUCAACCAGGUUCACAAACUCACGGUGUUGAUUUCGGAGGUUUGUUGACGAAUCUUCUAUCUGGUAACGCUACUAGACCCAUACAAGAAACUGGCACUCAUCAUUCCACUCCUCCGUCUAAUACAAGAGGAACGCAAUCUCAAGGAACAGAUUUUGGUUCUUUACUUUCAAACCUAUUAUCCAGCGGUUCACAACAACCACAACCAGGUUAUAAUCAGGGUACUGGUGGACAUCAAGGUCCUGGUCCACAACAACAAUCUUCAGGAAUAGAUCUUAACUCACUAUUAUCAAGUUUAUUAUCGUCUACUGGUGGUGUUCACCCUCCUUAUGGUGGAAUGUCGCCUUAUGGUAAAGGAAACCCAGUAUAUGGUGGUCCAGCUAGUGGUCAACCUUACCCAAAUCCUCCCAUGGGUAAUCAACCUUAUACCGGACCUCCAGCUGGUAAUCAGCCUCACUCAGGUCCCGCUGCUGGUAACCAUCCUCAACCUUACAGUAGUCCUACUGGAAGCUCACAGGCUUACAGUGAUACCCCUACCAGUGGUAGUGGAACUUAUCAAUCAAGUGUUGGUCAAACUGGAGGAAUAGGAAUUCAAAGACAUAACUCAGCUCCAAAACCUGCUGAUACUCAUUUUGAAGAUGUUAGCGAUCAAUUAGAGCAGGAAAUGGCUCGGCAAGGUGGACACGUACAGUAUAGUGCUCAACAGUCCCAAAAAGGUCAAGAAAAUGAUGGACAACAAUAUGGGUAUUAUCCUCAUCCACCGGAACAGCAGAGAGGUCCUGUUGAAAAUUUACUCUCAGGACUGUUGUCUGGAGGUCAACAACCCCAUCAACAACCACAUAUACCACAAUUUGGAGGAGGUGAAUCUGUUGGAGGGUUAGGAAGUAUGGGAGGACUGUUACAAAAUUUCGCCGGACAAUUAUUUAAUCCAAGGGACGGAAAUCAUCGUCAAAACUAUUGAAGUUAUAUAAAUAGGGAAAUUAAAGCUUGAAAGCGCACUUUUUUCUUUGAGAAUAACUUUUUUUUAUUGCAAAUCAAGAGUAUUUGUGUUUCAAGAUCUAGUUUUGUAAGUUAUACACAUUAUCAAAUACGUAUUUUUUUCAGACAGUAUUUUUAAAGAUUGUUUUAAAAAAAACAAAAAAUCUCUAUUAAAAGAAACUCGUUAGUCAAUACAACUAUUCCUUCCUAAUUGAAAUUAUAUACAAGGUGUGUUAUUAACAACAUACUUAUAAUUUAUGAUAUUUUUAAUGUACAGGGUGUCCAAAAAUUCCAGUUAAACGUAAACUACAGAUAGUGGAUGCAAUUUUAGUUCCAUUUCACCUAAUCUACCUCCAAAAAGUUCAUCUUAAGGUAACUAACAUCCUUUAAGGAUUGUGUUAACUAGAUUUAUUGAACAGUUUCCUUAUUUUUAAUAUAAUGAUAUUAUAAAGUUACAUGACUGUUAACAAGUACUAGCUGAAACUGGUUCUGAUUUGUAAUGAAGUUAUAGGAAUAAACAGGGUGAUAUAUUCCUCCCCUAACUCUGAUGGUAGAAAAGAAGAAGAAA